AAGAGCUCACGCAGCCGCACCCAGCAGCCAAUAAGCAGUCCAGGACAGCAGCUCCCCAAGGUGCUCCAGCGCAGCAGUCACAGAUAGAGGGAAGAGUGAAGAAAGAAACGAUGGACGCUGCUUCUCCUAAAACAGAGGCGCCCCCUGCUGGUCCACUCACACAAGCGCAGCUAGACGCCAUCCAAGAUGAGCAAGUGCUGAACGACAUGCUGGAUAAGGCUGUAGAUUUUGAGGAGAGAAGACGGAUUCGUGCUGCUAUGAGAGACCUACUCAGAAAGAAAAGGGAUCUGCGGGACGCAGAGCGAGCAGCACGGCGGGAAAACCUGCGUCAGCAGGGCAUGUCUGCAGGACAUAACCCAAACGAGAACCCUGCCAAAAGCACCAGUGGCACCCAGCAGCAUGCACACACCCAGGAGAAAUCUCUACGCCCAUCACCAGCAGGGUCCUCCAUGAACACCGCGGGCAGCCCAGCUCAUCCCCCUCCAUCUGGGGUCAAAGUUCACCGGGGAUCGGCACUCGGUGGUCCGAACACCAAAGAUGUGAAGCAGAUGCUGCUAGACUGGUGCAGAGCCAAGACAGAACCAUACGAGGGUGUGAACAUCCAGAACUUUUCGUCGAGCUGGGCAGAUGGCCUGGCCUUCUGUGCACUGGUUCACAGAUUCUUCCCCGAGGGCUUUGAGUACUGCACCCUAGACCCGUAUGACCGCAGGGCUAACUUUGAGAAGGCCUUCAAAACGGCAGAGAGGCUGGCUGGAUGUCCUCCCCUGUUGGAUGUUAAUGACUUGUUGCGCAUGCGAGAGCCGGACUGGAAGUGUGUGUACACCUACAUCCAGGAGUUCUACCGCUGCCUUGUAGAGAAGGGCCUUGUCAAGACCAAAAAGAAGAUGCCAUAACUUCACACACACGUAGUCCCACAGGUAUCAAGGGCAGCGAGGCACAUCCACACGAGCGGGGAGAUGUCACACUCCGAGGAGAGCCGCAGGCCAGCGUGCACCAGGGCUUACUCAGGGACACACAUGCGACACCUUUGGCCUUGCAAGAGAAUUCCUAUGCCAAAUAAGCUACUGUUUAAAUUCUACCAAUGCUGUAAAAACACACUUUGACUUUCUUCAGUGUAGCGUGUUGGAUUGAGAAAAUCACUGUUUUGUAACUAUAUAUUCUGUUGAGACAUAAUAAAAU